ACACAAAUGUGUUACGUCAGAGUUCAGAGCUGUGAUACAAAAAUACACCCUGCAGCAACAAAUAUGUUCCUUCAACCACAGCAGUGAUACGGAUCCAACUGUUUUCUUCGCCUGGGACUGAACGGAAGAGAGCCGUAACCGUGAGACCCGGCCCCGCCCAGCCGCUCUGCUAACGGGAACUCCCCCUAAGUUCCCCGGUACUCCUGCCUCUGCUCAGUCUCUCCGCGAGCUGUCACGCACUCACACGCGCGCGCACAUCUUCCCCGCGGAGUCGCCGCGUGCUGGAGCAGCCAUCCGUCCGCUCUCGCCCGCAGCCUCCCCGGCUCCAGAGCGCUCUGCAGUCCGCGUCGAGCCUCGUCGUGACGGGAGUUGGGACGCGGCUGGUCGGCGGAAGGCAGAAGGUGGUGCCAUUCAGACGAAGCCACGUAACUGAACUAGGGAUUUUUGGGAAAAGAAGCGUUCUGUGAUCCUGCCAUCCUACAGUAGCGUUGGAGUCAGCAAAUGUUUCCCAUCUUUUCAAGAAAAGGGUUUUUUCAAUACGAGUUCAAUGGAUGUAAAAACCUCUCUGCCCUUGGAUUAGGCCCCUGGAGCUGUGUUUUUUUCAAAGCCCCCGCUGGAUGUUUCACUGCCACUAUCCUCCAUGGUUGUCAUUAGUGGCUAAUGAGCUGCUGCUGCAGAGGACAGGAAGAAGCUGCCUGUGGAGAGAGCUGUGCAGCUGUUAUUAAGAGGGCUCCAGAUCCCCGAAAAAAUUGUCUUUGCUUCUUUAAUCGAGCUUUAAAAGCAUGAAAAUAUGAGUUCAGGAAAUUGAUGUUGUUUUUUUUCAGAUGUUUUUUUUUGCCACAUUUCUAUUUCUCAAAAAACCUGACUCAAAAAAUGACUCCAGUUGGAUACAAGGCCAUUUAUUUCAGCAAGAUGUUUCAGAUUUUGAACAUAAAUUGUCUUUCUCCAAACACUGACUAUUUUAAAACCAAGUAAUAAAAAGGAGAAGGAACUUUUUUUAAGCACCAAGUAUACUACACAUACAUAUCAGUUUGCUCUGCCUAUGCUAUUCUAUCUAAAUUAUGGCAGCUGCCUAUCGUGUGGUUGUAAGCAGUGUUAGCUGUUACAACAGCGUAGUGGUGGACCGACGCACGCACUCUCAUGCUGUGCAUUACUGCUGUGGGCCAUGUGGGGCGCUGUCCCAGGGCCUGGACUGCGCCAUUGCGCACCGCAGCACAUGCUCGGAGCUUCUUGUGGCCCCCGACCCGCCAUAUAAUGACCUCACCAGCUCCCCCAUUCACACCAGUAACUUGAUCACUCAGCAACUCCCUAACCACGGUAAACUUUGUGUAUCUAUGGGGGCUAUUCAUAAUGGUGGACUAGAGAGAGCAGGCAGCAGUGGCAAUUUGUCUUUAGGGGAGGACAGCCCGACAUGGCGAGGUAAGAAGACCCCCAGUGGUGGUGGAUCAACUGGGAACUUGAGCUCUUUUUGUAGCCUGAAGGACAUUACUGAAGAGGCCAUCAACCUGGCCAGCGGGAAGCUCAAAGAAUUUUCUUUUGACAAGCUUCGUCUGUCCUCAUCAAGCCAUGUCACUCUUCGUAAAGGUCGCAAAGUCCGCCCGGACUCUUUUAAUCGUCGCUCCACUGACCUGGAGAUCAUCUAUGGUCACUUCAGUACCAACUCUAUGACAAACAUGACAACUACUAACAUAUCAAAUAAUUUGGUAACUUCUAACGACGAGAACACACCUCCAUUUAUGUUAGGAAAAGGAACAGGAUUGGAAGAGACAAAGCUAAACGGUAGUUCAGCCACAUUGUCAGCAGUCAACAAAGCAGGCGGUGGAUCAACAAGCAGUCUUUCAAGUAUUGGGUCAUUGGACCAGAGUCUGAACACAGUUGCCUCUCUGUAUCGCACCACCCUCGGGGAAGAGAACCUUAUUGCCCGUCUGUUGGAGAAGACGCGGGCAGAGGCUGCUAGUGGUGGUGGCGAGGACAUUCGUGCUUGUCUUGACAUCCUGCUCAAAUGUUCUGAAGACUUAAAAAAAUGCACUGACAUCAUAAAGCAGUGCAUCAAGCGCAAAGCAGGUGGAGGUCCGGAGGAAGGGGGAGCAAGUCCGGACAGUGUUUAUAGAGCUGUGAUGACCCGACUUAGCUCCUACCUGAAGAGACUGCCUCUAGAGCUGGAAGGUCUUGGAAGUUUGGGGGGCAGUGUACAGGGGCUCCAAGGUGCACCUGGGGGUGGGCACAGUGAUCUUGCUGAGCUGGUUAACACUCUCCAUUCCAUCCAACAGGGUCCUUACUCACCCAUAUUUGGCAAUGAGCAACCACCCCGCUAUGAAGACGUGGUGCAGUCACCUCCCAUCCCGAAGAGUGUUACUAUUUCAACUUCAACUACAUCUUUAAAAUCUGAUUCAAUCCAGAAAGUAGCAGUUCAGAGUUUAACCCAGUCAAAGGAUACUCCACUCACCAACGGACUGCAGCAUGCACCCAAUAUUUCGGUUUCUCAGAACACUCUGUCCCUACCACCCUUAACAUACUCACCUUGUAAUUCCUCUUCAAGUCACUCCCCUUUACGAAACUCCCCGAUCCCGCCCUACACCCACACUCCCCCAGCGUCCCCCAUGGAAGCCCUUUUUAUUGAGGAAGAGGAAAUGGAAAUUGGAAAGACUUCAGAAAAUCCCCUGCAGCAGAUACACUCUCCAUCUAGAGGGGUGAACAAUAAUCUGAACAAAAAUGGGACUAUUCUGGGACAACAGCUGCAACCCCACACACCUUAUAACUCCUCAAAACCUAUGGCUUCUAUCUCUGGCUACAUCCCCUCUUGGCCUCCUGCUGCGACAGUCCCAACAAACAAAGCCUCCUCCCAGAAGAAUGAGGAUAUAGACAAGCUACUGAUGGACUUAGAAAAUCUGUCUCAAAGUAUGAGCCACCCCAGAAACACUGAACCUCCACUUCCUGUUAAAACCAGAAAGAGGGAAGGAAAUAAAGCUAUUAUAAAUGAGUCUUUCACUCAGCCAAAAAUACCCCAGUUCCAGGUUCCAAAUCCAACCAGCCAAUUAAGCAUCAACGGUCACAGUCCAAUGACCUCCCAGAGCACUACUCUUCCCCAAGGAGACAUCAGUGAACCUGUGACUGAGGAAGAAGAUGGGGCGCUUUUGUUAAGAAUCCUGGAGAGCAUUGAAAGUUUUGCCCAGGAGCUGGUGGAUUCAGGAGCAGGGGGUACAGGGAGUGUAGAGAGGAAAUGUGGAAAGGAGAAAGAAGUAAUGAGACUCCUACAGGACACACUAGUCCCAUCCAGUAGAGCUGAUACCCCAGUAGAAAGCAUUAACGCAACCGCUGCUUCCACCACCCCAUCCAUUCCCACAAUUGAAGUGACAUCUAUGGUGACAAAACAGGGUGAGGCAAAUGCAUCCGCAUCCAUUCCUGUGCCUGUGGUGUCUGAGACAAGUAACAGUACUGCUGAGGAAGCAACAUCUGUACCUGAAAAAACUCUACAACCAUUGCCUGCACUCACACCAGUUCCAGAUAUAGUUGCAGAAGACCCUACAAAUGAGUUUAAUUCCAAACCCACCCCUGCCCCAGCAGAAUCUUCUCAUUUGCACCCUAACACGCAAGUGGAGGAGCAAUCACCUGUUGUCUUAGCUGGCGUUUCAGUUCCUGAUCCCAUACCGACAGAAGAAGCCAUAAGAGAGACUGCCAUCCCGGUUGGUGAACUUGCAGCUGCUUCAACCCUCCUCAUCCAGCAGAUCCCAGAGGUAAUCAGAGUGCAGCCUAAACCUGAAAAGAAGCCUGGCACGCCUCCACCAGCACCUGCCACAGUUGCUCCGCCCCAAGCGCCACGCUCACCAAGCCCUCCUCCAGCCCCAGCGAUUAUUAGCCCCCCUCCUGCCAUAAACAUUCCCAGGUUCUACUACCCCCGUGGGCUCCCUGCCAUGGGCCCUGCUGCCACCCACGACUCAACCAUUGCUGCCAUAGAGACUGCCUUUGCUGAGUUGGAGGAGGAGAAGGCUGACAUUUAUGAAAUGGGCAAGAUUGCAAAGGUUUGUGGGUGUCCGCUGUAUUGGAAAGCCCCCAUGUUCUACACUGCAGGUGGAGAGAAGACAGGCUUUGUGACAGUUCAGUCAUUCGUGGCGACGUGGAAAAAGUUGUUGCACGGUUGCAACGAUGACGCAUCCAAGUUUAUUCACUUGUUAGCCAAACCGGGAUUUAAUUACUUGGAACAGGAAGACUUUAUCCCUCUCCUGCAGGACAUAGUGGACACUCAUCCUGGACUCACAUUUCUGAAAGACGCCCCCGAGUUCCACUCACGCUAUAUAACAACGGUGAUUCAGCGGAUCUACUACGUGGUGAACCGUUCUUGGACAGGCCGCAUCACGAUGAUGGAGCUGCGCCGGAGUAACUUCCUCCAAACUCUGGCCCUGCUGGAGGAGGAGGAGGACAUUAACCAGAUCACUGACUACUUCUCUUAUGAACACUUCUAUGUCAUCUACUGCAAGUUUUGGGAGCUGGACACUGACCAUGACUUGUAUAUUGAUCCCAAAGACCUGGGCAGAUAUAACGACCAUGCCUCCUCACACAGAAUCAUUGAGAGACUGUUUUCAGGGGCGGUUACUCGGGGUAAUGCUGUGCAAAGAGAAGGCAGAAUGAGCUACGCUGAGUUUGUCUGGUUCCUCAUAUCUGAAGAAGACAAGAAAAAUCUAACGAGCAUAGAAUAUUGGUUUCGCUGCAUGGACCUGGAUGGUGAUGGUGUUCUGUCCAUGUUUGAGCUCGAGUAUUUCUACGAGGAGCAGUGUGAAAGAAUGGAAAGAAUGGGCAUCGAACCACUUCCCUUCCAGGAUCUGCUCUGCCAGAUGCUCGAUCUGGUAAAACCUGAAAGUACAGGAAAGAUAACCCUGGGUGAUCUAAAGCGCUGCCGGAUGGCUCACAUUUUCUUCGACACCUUUUUCAACCUGGAAAAAUACCUGGACCACGAACAGAGGGAUCCAUUUGCUGUGCAAAAGGACAUUGAGAGUGAAGGCCCAGAGCCGUCUGACUGGGAUAAAUAUGCUGCAGAGGAGUACGAGAUACUGGUGGCUGAGGAGACUGCAAACGAGCAACUACAUGAGGGAUCUUUUGACGAUGACUAUGAAUCUGAGGAGCUUCAAGUCUCUGGAGAAAUUGGGAGUAAAAUUGAAAAGCUGGUCAUUUCCGACUUGACGGCAUGAAACUCUUAUCUUAAAGAUGCAGUGCGUUUUUUUUCCAAGAACAUUAUAAAAUAUGGCUCCUUGAGAUGUUUGGGGGGAAAAAAAGGAAGACUGUUUGCUACUGGGGUCCUGCUCAGGAAGGAGACGUCAUGCAUUUGGUGCAAUAACUCCUCCAGCAGUUUUUCUCCACGUGACACAAAAGAAAACAGAGAUUGGAGUAGAAGUUUUUAAUAAGCUCUUACAGGAAGACGAAUUGUAAAAUAGGAAAGUAUUAUGGAUUCUUUCUGACAAUCCUUUAAAUAGACAAUCAUUGUUUAUUUUUGUUUUUUUUUAUAAAUGUUGUGCCAAAGGUAGACUACCAGCCACAAAGGCUAGAGUUGGAGCCGUAACAGAACUUCAUUAGGUCAUGAAGCCACUGAAGAUCAGCUGCUCAGAUACAUGACACACGCAGACAACGCUGCAGAAACGUGCUGCCAGUGCAGCUCGUCACUGUAUUUCUUCUGCAGGAAGUCGUUAACACCCCGGACCCCUGGGGGGGUUGGUCAUGUGGUCCUUUGGGUGUUUGCAGCAGCACCUCCUCUCUGUGGCCAGUAUGCGCCACUGCACCGCUGGAGCUGCACGGUGCAGGGCGACUGGCUAACGUUUCCACAAGCUGCUCUAUUAUUAGAGCGGCUUUAUCAGAAAGGACUUCCUGUCUGGAGUUGCAGGCUGCAGCGUUUAAGAUGUGUGUGAGAGAAACGCACACAGAAGGAGGGAUCGUGUCAAACUCUGGUGGUGGUGUGCAAACAUUACCACUUGUCUUGGAUCUGCAUCUUUUUUUAUUUCUCUCUCACACAUUCACUGUUUGACUGAACUCUAUGACAGAAACAUCAAGGGCAGAGACUGUUUGCACACAGAAACUAUGUUGCACAAAGAGCUCAGUAUUAAGGAGUAAAAAGGAUUUUCACCCAUCCUGUAUGAUUUACAGCUCCCUUUCAGUACAUUGAUGAUUUUUUUUAAUUGUACAGUGCAUGCUCAUAACUUAUUUAUGGUUUUUUCUGUUUUAUCGCAUACAAGUCAUGAUUUUUACAUGAAAAGUUGACACGCAUCCUCAACGUAACCACGUUUUCUGCCAUCUUUUGUUGUGCAUGUGUUAAAUGUGAGGUCGCAAUAAUCAGUUUGAAGCGUGCACACUUAUAAUUGUAAAAUACUGAGUCCUCAAAUGCCCUCCUCCUAUGUGCACCUGCUGUACUCACACUUUAAUAUGGUUUUUACAACAACAACAAAAAGGAGAAGGAGCCGUCCCCAUUCCCACCUUUACCUGAUUUAUUCUGCUUGUAAAUCUCUAACAGUGUAUUUAGCUGGCUGGGGUGGGAGGGGGUAAAUUAUGCUCGUCACAAAAUGAGGCCAUUACAAUGCAGAAACACUUGGUUUAUUUCUGGGGUCACAAAAGUGAACUCUGAGAAUAUUUGACUGUGAAAGGCCAUUCAACUUCACUGACUAACAA